GUUAUUGAAUCCCUAGGGAUUAUUAUAUAUAAAGCCCUGGACUAUGGUUUGAAGGACAAUGAAGAGCGAGAAUUAAGUCCUCCACUGGAGCAGCUUAUUGACUGUAUGACUAAUACCACAGAAACAGAUGGGAGUAGGGAUGAAGGAUAUGAUGCUCUGGAUGAAGGAGUGGAGGAUGACAAUGAUGAUGACAAAGAGGAAGUUGAGACCAUUCAUUCCUAUAAAGAUGUCAUGAAGCUGUGUGCUGCCCACCUGCCAACCCGAUCAGAGGCACCGAACCACUAUCAAGCAGUAUGUCGGGCUCUGUUCGCUGAAACAAUGGAACUGUACACUUUCUUGGCCAAAAUUAAAAGUGCAAAAGAGAAUCUGAAGAAGAUUCAAGAAAUGGACAAAGAGGCAAGUGAUGAAUCCAGCACAGAUCUUGAUGACUUGAAAAAUGCUGACUGGGCUCGUUUUUGGGUGCAAGUGAUGCGAGAUUUACGGAAUGGUGUUAAACUUAAGAAAGUUCAAGAGCGUCAGUACAACCCACUCCCAAUAGAAUAUCAGCUCACACCCUAUGAAAUGCUGAUGGAUGAUAUUAGAUCCAAACGCUAUACAUUAAGGAAGGUCAUGGUCAACGGUGACAUUCCACCUCGAUUAAAAAAGAGUGCCCAUGAAAUAAUCCUGGAUUUCAUCCGAUCGCGACCUCCAUUAAAUCCUGCCUCGGCACGAAAACUGAAACCAACCCCACCACGGCCACGCAGCCUUCAUGAAAGGAUACUGGAGGAAAUCAAGGCAGAGAGGAAGUUACGUCCAGUCUCACCCGAUGAGAUAAGGCGUAGCAGGCUGGCAAUGCGGCCACUUAGCAUGUCUUACAGUUUUGACUUGUCAGAUGUAUCUACGCCAGAGGCUGGAAGAAAAUUAGUGGAUGCCUCUGUAGUGAACGGUGGCCUGGCACCACAAGGAAAGCAGAAUGGAGCCACACAAGUGACAGUACAACGCAAGAGACUCCUUAAGGCUCCCACGUUGGCUGAACUUGACAGCUCAGAUUCAGAGGAGGAAUCAGUGCACAAGUCAGCGAGUAGCAGCAGCAUCUCCCCCUCACAAGUGGAAGACCCCUCUCAAGAAGGCACCAGCAGCAGAAAGAUGCCUCCAAAGUUCUUGCCCAUAUCAUCUACACCACAGCCUGAGAGACGGCAGCCACCUCAGAGACGACACUCCAUUGAAAAGGAAACGCCAACCAAUGUGAGACAGUUCCUACCACCUUCAAAACAGAGCUCCAGAUCACUUGAGGAGUUCUGUUACCCAGUGGAAUGUCUGGCUCUGACGGUGGAGGAGGUUAUGCACAUCCGUCAGGUGCUGGUGAAGGCAGAGCUGGAAAAGUAUCAGCAGUAUAAAGAUGUCUACACUGCUCUGAAAAAAGGAAAGCUCUGCUUUUGCUGUCGAACAAGAAGGUUUUCUUUCUUUACCUGGUCUUACACUUGUCAGUUCUGUAAGAGGCCUGUAUGCUCACAGUGUUGCAAAAAAAUGCGGUUGCCAUCAAAGCCAUAUUCUACUCUCCCCAUCUUCUCGCUGGGACCUUCAACCUUGCAAAGAGGAGAAAGUUUCAUGAGGCCAGAGAAACCCUCUACCAGUCACCACCGAUCGCUGCGGAGCAUGUCCAGGUUGACCUCGAGGUCCAAAUCUGUGGAUAAGUCACAUGAAGAGUUUCCCAAAGAAUUAAUGGAGGACUGGAGCACGAUGGAGGUGUGUGUGGACUGCAAGAAGUUUAUUUCAGAAAUCAUCAAUUCAAGCCGGCGCAGCCUAUCUCUGGCCAACAAGCGAGCCAGGUUAAAAAGGAAAACACAGUCCUUCUACAUGUCGUCACCGGGAACCUCUGAAUACUGCCCCUCUGAAAGGACUAUCAAUGAGAUCUGAGCCUUGUGCCUUUUUCUUUGCUUUUGUCUUCAUGAGGUCAUCAUCCAUGAGCAAGGUCACCGAAACUGGAUUGUCAUUCCGUUGCUUCAUUUCACUUCACAGGCUUGAACUUGCAGUAGAUCACAGGAUUUCCUACUCCAGCGGUUCCCAGAGAUGCAGGACGCUACGUUUAGGUCUGUGCAGAAUGAUACGCAACGGGUUAGCUGCUCGCACUGGAAGAAAAUCAGUAGUUUGAAAUUGUUGCCUCUUUUGUACGUGUGCGUUGAAACUAGAA